AUGGAUAUUUUUUCAUAUACUAUUUCUUCUUCUUCUUCUUCUAAUUCUUCUUCCACAUAUCCACAACAAGAAGUGAAGAAAAAUAAAAAAUUACCCUCAUAUCAUUCUUCACUUCAUGGAGUUAAAAGGCUUCCAACAAAACCAAUGACUAAACUACCAAUUGCACCAUUGCCACCAACACCUCCCAAAAUCUAUAGAGUUGAACCUAUUAAUUUCAAGGAAGUUGUCCAAAUGCUAACUUCAUCUCCGGAGUUUCAAUCCGUCUCUAAUAAUUCUAUCAUUAGUUCAGAUACUGGUUCUGACUUUGGCUCUGAUUCUUUCAAUUCGAGGCGUUUACAAGAUGUGGCUCCUCCACCACUUGAUCUCUCACCGAUUUCAUUACAAAGAAGUAACGACAACAACAAUAAUAAUAAUAAUGAUAUUGUUGCACAAUGGCGUGAGUUCCUUCAUCCUUCUUCUUCCUCUAAAAAUCAAUUAGGUGAAUCAAUCGAAACAUGCAUUGACUCGACAAAUAAUGAAGCACAAGAAAGAUCACACGUAGCACCACGAAUUCCAUUGGAAAAUUAUUUUGGAUCGUGUAGUCCAUUGGCUAAUUUCCCUCUAUCGCCCGCCUCUUUUGUAUGGUGUUCUUCUAUUCUUCUUAGCCCUGGCACUCUUACUUCACCAAGCGCGGUUCUUUAGCUCCCUUUGCCAUUGCCUCAACCACUAUGAAAAACAGGAUUU